AUGUAUGGUCAUUUGAGCACUAGACGAGCUGGAUUAGACAUUGUAAAGGGUUCAGAAAGCAAUGCAGGAUCACCGCUAACUUCACAGAUACCUCCUUUUCUAGCUCCGCAGUCUUCCAAUACAACCAUUAAUAGUCCUAGCUUAAAAUCUGUUUCUAGUCCCAAUAUCCUAGGCUCAAAAAUGCCUGUCAGUCACCUCAACUUGAUCAGCCCAAAACCCAGCCAGUCAAACUUUCCGUUGUUUCGGAUCGGCAUGCCUAUUGUCUUUAAGUGGGCCUUUAAUGGCACGACACUGAUGUUCCCACCUGCUAAUCUGACCGUCGAUGUCUCUUUAAAUUUAGAUCCACCAAAUGUCUGGCCCGUUGCAAAUGUCUCAGGAUCGACCACCAGCGUCUUGUGGGAUACCGCGAAAGCUAAUAGUUCAGUGCUCUUUGUAGGCUUCUACACGCUGAACAUAUACGAUCCUACCACAGGAAGAAACGGCACGGUGACAAGCGGACACUUAGCCCCGUACUCAGGCCUUCGAUUUGGUCUCUAUAGAGGGGGCCCCAGCAUCUCAAAAACAGAUGGAAAGGACUGUGCAUCAUGUCGCUUAAGCAGCAGUGCGCCUGAAAAAUUCUGGGGCUUUUUACAGAUGCAACACACCAUUCUUAUUGUUAUCGGAGUGGCCAUCAUUGAAAUGUUUAACCUUUGA